ACACACACACACACACACACGCUCUCCCUCUCACCCACCCACGCACGCACCCACGCACACACACACACACACACAUGCCUUCAUAACUACAUCGCUCCCCCAGACGGCCGCCUCGCACAUCGACUCAACAACAACUACUACCACUACUACCGCCCGCCGACUGCCACGAGCACACGAGCAGCGUCGAGACAGCCAGCACUGCCCGCGCGACCCCUCGCACGCCCCUCCCAGCAGGCAUCGCCUAAAAACCCGCGAAACGCAAACGAACAAAUAGACCUGGGCCACGCACAAACCGCACAAUCCGGGCUGGUUCCUCCUCACAGCACCAUGCCGUAUAGGUUAGACACGCACGUCUUAACCGUCGACGCCAACGUCAUCCACAAGGUCGACACGGCCAAUCCUGCAAACCUGUAUAGCAUGUGGACGGUCUUUUCCCGCUGCGCAGAUUCUGUCGAGCAAGGCCGGAGAUUAGAGAACUUGAGCUGGCGCCUGUGGCAAAGAGAACAGCUCCUAGAGAACGACGACGAGGCCAAGACGCACGAGAUUUCCGCGGCCGCGACCGCCACCACCGCCACCCAGACCCUCCCCCAGGACGUCCCCUCCGAGGCGAGGUUACCCGACGUCCCCCAGCUCUCGGGCAGCGUCGACUCGCUCGAGGACGAGGCCGUCGAGUUCACGUCAGUGUCUGCUCCCCUCGAGAUCCGCCCCAGGAUACGACGCAUGGAUUCCUCGACGAGCAGCCGCAGCAAGCGCGAUCGCCACAUCAGCUCCGACGACUUUGAGAAGAUGAUUGUGUCCAUCGUCAAGGACAAGGCGCCCUUGUCGGCGCCCACCACGCAGCAAACGAUGACGCCCGCCGCCACUUUCGCUCCCGCCACCCACAAGGAGUUUCCCAUCCCGGCACCCGCCUUUGAGCGGUCCGGCUCCACCACGACGGAAUCGCAGUCGCCGUCCAAGGACUCAGACAGGCAGUCGGACGGCUCGCAGGCCUCGCCGCCGCGGCCGCGGGCCGCCAACGUGGUGCGAGGCUUCUCGCCCGCCGCCGCCCAGUUGACGGCUUUCCCGCAAGCGACGCACGACGCCAUCCCCGAGCCGAGCUCCUCGCCCGCGGCCAAGCCCGUGCAGCCUAAGAAGCAGCCGGCCAGGUUCGCUCUGGGCGGCUCGUGCUCCUCAAGCGAGCAGGGUCAGAGCGUGGACAACCUCAAGGCGCCCGUGCCACCUGUGGCCGCCGCCAUCGCCGCCAAGAAGUCCAUGUUCACGCUCGGCGGCUCUUCGGGCGAGGAGUCUUCCCUCAAGAGCGCCAUUGCCUCCCCGCGACCGGCGGGUCUGGCCAAGAAGCAGGCAUCCUUCAGCAACCACGUGACGACGCGGACCAUUGAUCAGAGCGACCCGGCCAUUGACUCCGACACAGAGGCCGAGUAUGUGGACGAGAGUGCCAUAGACGACGACGACGACUCAUCCGACUGGGAGGACUCUGUCGAGGACAGCGCCAAGUCGAGUGUCGCCGAAGAGAACAUGUUCCAGCGGGUGCCGUCCAAGGCCAACCUGACGUCGCGGCCGUCCCUCAUCAGCAUCAUGAUGGCGCAAAACGACCGUGCCAAGGCGCUCGGCAACCACGCGUCGCAGUCGACGUCGGCCAUCCCGCGGACGCGCGCUGGCCCGAGCGCGCCGUCGCUGGGUGGCUCGCCCAACGACUCGGACGAGGCGCCGCUCAUGAUGAAGGGCAUGCGGCAUCACCAGCACCACGCCCUCAAGCCCAUCAGCGAGAUCCCGCGGUCCAGUGCCCAGCCCAUCGUGGCGGCACCCAACCACGUGCACGCCCAGGCGGCGCUGUCGCCGCGCACGACGCGACGCAACAUGCUGGCGACGGAGCUGACCGAGUCCCUUCGCCGUCACCUGCUCUGGGAGCGGCAGCAAAAGUCAUCGACGGCCAACGCGGUGCUCAAGCGGCGACACACCUCGCACGACGUGGCCAACCUCAAGCAGUACCCGGAGAAGGCGUGCAUGAAGGACAAGGAGGACGACACGACCAGCUGGAACCAGUACUUUUCCAAGGAGGCUCUCAACGGAUACCACUCUAAAGGGUGGUGAACGCGCUGCGACGUCUUAUGGCUCGCAUAAUAUUACGACGACAGGGGCGCGGCAGCCUCAACCAACAACCAACCAACAAUUAAUGUCUCUUUUCCCUUUUUUUUUUACCUUUCCCUGAUUUUUCAGCACUGCGAGGCGUUGCUUGGAAUGAUACCACGGUCUCACGUUUCUUUGGGCAUCUCCCGCGGGAGCUACGCAUCACGUCGGGCAGUGGCAGUGUGUACUGGUUACUAGGGAAGCAAGACGGGAUCGCGCCGAGGGCGACCUCGGACGACGCGACCAGGGGCAGGCAGAGGCAAGACAAAAUGCGGGUGGCGGCGGCGGCGAGGUGGCGUGUGUGGAUGGCAUGCAUGGCAUGGCAGCAAAAGCCGCGCGGGCAGCAGGGAAGAAUUGAUGAAAAGUGUUGGGCGCUCGGCGCGCUCCCCCACAAAAGAGCUUUGCAAAAAGACCAAAGGGCUCAUGGCAGACCGCUACUGCUACGGUAACUGGUAGAGAGCCGAAAAAACAUGAAUA